AUGGAGGUCGGCGUGUGGGCCCUUGUCUGGGGCUUCAAGCACCGCCUCAAAGACAAGGUUGCCGCUGUGGAAGACUUUACUGGAAUGUUCCUGGUUUACUCCACACCACAGCAUUCAACCGGUGUCAAAUCGGUGUGGCAGGCGAUCGAGAGGUCAUGGUUUCUUCCCACACUGAACGUUAACAUGAAAAGGCGAGAUCACCCCAAUCUGCUGAGCGAGAUUCCAGAUGAAAAACAGGAUGUACUGAUACUGGUAGCUAUACUAAAGGUUCAAGGAAGCUUUCAAUCGUCCCCGGAAUCCAUACUAAAGGUUCAAGAAGGCUUUGAAUCACCGGAAUGCUGCCAUAAUCGAGUUCUGAAAGCAAAGAUUCAGGAAUUCCCUGAACUAGUGACGAAAGCCUCCGUUCAGGGCAAAGUUUCCGCAGAUGGUAAACCUAAGGUUUGUGGGGUCCCGGAACGCAUGCCUAGACCUUUAGUUCCCGUGCCGACAUCGAGUAUACUAAAAUUAGGUUUUGGGACCCCGUUCCGGCUGAGGACGCCCCAAACCUUAGUUUCGGCUUUGCCUAACAUGGAUACCGAAAUAAAGUAUUCCAGACGAGAUUUCGGUAGCACUCACAUUUUCGGUGCUGGUCUUGCCAAAAUAAGUACCGAAACAGAUGCUUUCGGCAUUGAUUCAGGGUAA